GUUAAAAGUAAACAUUUAUUCUUCUUGCGCAAUAACGAAAAUAAUCAACUUCGGUGAAAACAUGAACUAGUGGGUGAUGAUGAUGAGGCUGUGUUCCGGUAUCUUUGCUCAAAAUGGCAGCAUCGCAUGUACGAUACAGAGACAGCCUAUGCAGUAAUUAAAAAAAAUGAAUGAUACAAUAAAAGAAACUGACUUAGAUAAGAGUGCUUCUAGUGAUAGCAUAGGUUCUGCAAGAAGUCUUGAUGACUCAAUCACAGAGAAAGAUUUGGAGGAAUCAGAACAAUUUAACACUACAAGCAAAAAUGGCAAGCAUCCGUUUGACCAUGCAAAAAUCUACAUUGAGAUGGAUGACUUGGCAAUCGAGGCGGGCAGUUACAUGGAGGAGCCAUACCCCAACAUGGGACUCAUUCAUUCUGAACAUGAACUCAACAAACCUAGAAAUACUCCAGAGACCACAAUUCACAAGGCUCAAGUGGCAGUUAAGUCGGUUGUGGAGCACCUGGCGUUUCGCUUGUUUACAAUAUUGCUGAUUCUUGGCGAGUUCUGUGUUGUGAUUAUCGACCUAACUCUCAACAGCGACGGGCAUAUUGGUGACCUUGGCCUUCCAUCUCAAAUCAUCAUGGGCUACUUUGUGCUGGAGUUGAUUGCAAGAAUAUUUUAUAAAGGAGAACUAUUUUUUCACGACUGGAUGGAUAUUGUGGACUUGGUUAUAGUUCUUGCCACCUUUGUGCUUGAUCUUGUCUUUUCUAGCUCACAAUAUGUCAGACUGGGAGUUUUGGGUCGAAUAGUUCGGAUUCUGCGAAUCGUUCGUGGGGUCUAUCUCAUUUAUCAGCAACACAAACAUCUAGCCAUAGCUUCCAGACGAAUAGUAUCGCAAAACAAAAGGCGAUAUGUCAAAGACGGAUUUGAUUUGGAUCUAUGCUACAUUACAGAGCGGAUGAUUGCUAUGUCUUUCCCAUCUUCUGGUGUGCAGUCUAUGUACAGAAACAACAUCGAGGAGGUUUCACGUUUCUUUGAAACAAAACACCAAGGACACUACAAGCUGUAUAACCUUUGCAGUGAACGAGGCUAUGACCACAAAUACUUCGCAGACAGUGUUGAGAGAGUCCUUAUUGAUGAUCAUAAUGUGCCAACUCUGAGGGAGAUGGUGAUGUUCUGCCAGAGCAUGCACAAGUUCCUGUCCCAGCACCCGGAGAACGUGGUAGCCAUUCACUGCAAGGGGGGCAAGGGACGCACGGGAACCAUGAUCUGUACCUGGCUUGUAGAGUGUGGCAACUUUGAUGAAGCCCAGGACAGUUUAGAUUAUUUCGGUGAUAGACGCACAGAUCUUGAUGAGGGAUCAACAUUCCAAGGUGUGGAAACACCCAGUCAGAGUCGCUAUGUAGGGUAUUUUGGUAUUGUGAAGAACAAGCUCAAUGGACGACUACCAAAGGUGAAGUACCUAAAGGUGACCAGCUUGAGAAUCAACGCAAUCAAAGGGGUUGGCCUAGGAAAUGGGAAAGAUCUCAAAUUGGAAAUCUGGUGCAACAAAGUGUGUGUGUACAGGGUGAAGUUUGGCAAGGGUGAAAACUGUAAGCUCACCCAUCAUGCUGCUGAUGACUACAUAGAGGUCACGCUUCAGAACUGCCCAGCUCUAUCAGAAGAUGUGAAAGUUCGGUUCCUAAGCAAUUCGACUAACAUCCCAUCAGUUUAUGACAACUGUGCAUUUUACUUCUGGUUCCAUACAGCCUUCGUUGGAGACAGUCUGUCUCUGCCAAGGGACCAUAUUGACAACCCACACAAGAAGAAAGCACAGAAAGUGUUCAGAGAGAACUUUUCAAUUCAGCUCACGUUUGAGCAUGUACCAAAGCCUAUUGUCUCGGUGAACCUGAGCCAGGCAAUCCUUGGUUGAUCUCACAAUUUUAACAUCUACUGUUGCUUGAGGCAAAUAAAGAUUGGCCUUAGUUAGUUUGCCUGUCCAUCUGUUGUUCAAGACAUGGUUAAUGUUUUGUAUAACAUCAAUACUGCUUUAUACAAAGCUCUGAUACUUGUAUGAACACUCACAACACCCCCCCCCAUCUCAUGACCUCAUUUUGACCAUGACAUUGACCUUUAGGACCUAUACUUAAUUAGAAGAUCUUAAUGUUUAGUUCACCCACAAUGAUUGGUUUCUAACAUCAAUGCGUACUAGAAAGGUUUGAUACUUUAAUGCAUGACGUCUUUGAACAUAAUCAACACACCCUCAUCAUGUGAUCUUCAGACCUGUUUACCCUACCGAUUGCUUCUCAGUAGUAUGGAGGGCAUCUCUCAGUAGUUUGGGGCUGUUGUCAGUAGUUUUAAACUUUUCAAUCAUUUUGAGCAUUAAAACACCAUGACUG